AUGUGAACACGUAAACACAUUAGAAAAUAUUAUGUGGUCAUAAUAGUUUCUAUUCGUUAAUCAUUUUCUUAUCAGUCAAAAUAAAGAGGAUGUCAAUUUCAUUAUUGUACCACCCCCUUUCAUAAGCAUAUAUAUAUAACAACAACAUUAAGUAUAUUACUGUUGUGAUAAUUAUUAUUAAUUUUACUUAUUUAGAAUAAAAAAUAAUUUAUGUUUGCUGAUAAGUAACAAAAGGAUAGUACAGCAAAACACAAUUUCGUAGAAACACAUUUUCAAAAGACUAAAUCUUAAUUAAUUUUAACAAAAAUCAAUUAAUAAUAAUAACUAUGAGACAAAAGUCUCUACGAAAUUCUAAUCGUUAUUUCCAUUUUCAAUGGAUCUGUUCAAUAAUGAUUAUAAUUAUAACUGUAAUUAUAAUACCUAACAAAACAUUUUCAAUGACUAUACAACAUAGUCAAAAACCAAAUGAUUUCUAUGGUGUUAUUAAUAAUGAUGAUAAUGAUGCUGAUGAUUCAACUCUUAGCGCUAAUAAUAAUUAUCAAAGAUAUUUGAGUGAACAAUCAUUCAAUCCAUAUCAACAUGAACUAAUCAAAUAUCCUAAUAGUAUUACAUAUAAACGUGGUCCAGCUCCUUUAGCAACAUCAUUUAGAAAUUCACCAUCAUUUUCAUUUAAUGGUGAUAUGCGUUCAAUUUCUAAUUUAAGACAUAUGAUGUCUGGUGCUAAUCCAUUAACAGCAUUUGGGUAAUUUGAUUUAAUUAAUGUUCAUUUAAAUGAGAAAUGGAAAACAGAAUUUUUUAUUAAAAAAAAAGAAAAAAACAUCUUGUUAAAUUAACAUCAAUUUUGUUAUUCAUAAGAGAAAAAAACAGAUUGGCAAUCAAUAAAAUAUUCCUCCUAGUAACUGUUUGUUAUAAAGGAUACUUUGAAAAAAAUACAGAAAAUAAAUGAAAUAAUAAAUUAAUGAAUAGAU